AUGGACACUUUGCUUAUAACUGCUCUUCAGAUUCAAACAGAAACCCCAAAUAUCAUCAAAAUUACCAUCCCAACUACCAAUCAAGAGGCUAUAACACCUAUAAGAAUAUAUAUAGCCGAACCCAAGACGAUGCAAAGCGCGAUUGACUACACUCGGGCCCUGCAACACCUACCUGUAACAGGACGACUACAUAUAAAGGAACAUGUUCAAUACUGGAAAAAGAAAAUUCACGCACCAGACUUGAUCAUCAAUUGGCUGAGAUUUGGAAUUCCCUUGUUCUCAAAAAAUCUACUACAUCUUACAAAACAACCAGAUCCACUCCAAUACCUCCUGACAGAUACUCAGAUGCUAUGGCUAAAUGGUGAGAUAAGAAGACUCUCAAAAAUAGGUGCAAUAGUACUAGCAUCGAAUUCAGAUUACCAUCCAUCUUCCAAAUUCCACCAAAAGAAAUCACUUCUUGACCCUACCUUAGACCAUAAUGUUUAG